CUCGGACGACCGACGACGAAAGUCGCGCGACGACCAAGUGUGACCGCAACAUGAACGGGACAAACGAAGGACACGACGUAUCGGAGAGAGGAGGACGACAUGGUAACAACCGAGGUCGUUCCCGUGGCGGGCGCGGUCGGCACGGUAAAGGGGGCACAGACGGCGGCAACACGACACCUGCUUCAAGUCCAGUUAGUACACGUCACCAGCAGCCAAAGAACCUUGCGGCGCAGCUAGCUUCGGCGGUGGCAUCGCUCUCCCUCGACACAGUGAAAAAUCUCCUGGAGACUGAUCGCUCGCUGGUGAAUCAUAUGUACCGAAGAGGAGAAACCCUGCUGACUUUAGUGUGUGGUCUGAAGUCUGUGUCGUCGCCCGAAAUUCACACUUCGAUCGUGGAGACUCUGUUUGCGCAUGGAGCGCUCUUGUCGGUGAAAAACAAGCAAGGAUGUGCUGCAUUUACGUUGGCGUGCAGUCGGCACCACGUCCAUCUGCUGCCGCUUUUACUGCACGAGGCUGUCAAGCAGGAGCAAGUGAAUCCGCACGAGACGGUCCCAGCGCUGUUGCUUGCAACCCUCGGUGGGUUGGACGAACGCGCAACGGAUUCCAAUAGCGGGCGAUGGGAAGCCAUUCAACUCGAUCCUGAGCGAUGCCACCAAACGGUCACGUUUCUGCUAGAGCAGACCAAAGCACUCCAGAACGGAGACGCGUUCGUGCACCACGCCGUCCGAGCGGCGACUCCACGUGGCGUCACACCAUUGCACUUAGCUGCCGGAUUGUUUCUACCUAAAACGGUUGCAUACUUGCUUGAAAACCACGGCGAUCCCCACGUUCACGAGGACAACUCGUUGACGCCGGUGCAGUUUCUGGACAAGUGUUUUUGUCACAUCGAAUCCUUCUUGAUCGACGAUACAACUACAGCCCCCUCCGAGGUGCCGGAUUCCACUCGUACUGCCAGCACACGAGGCAGCUCGCAACAACACGGGCGAGGCAAGCGCGCGAACUAUCGACGCCGCGCCAUGUCGACAAUCGGGACAAGCGUACAAGCGCGCGCAUUGAAAACUGUCCAGGUCUUUGCCAAGCAUUGUGGUCUCGAGCCAUUGUUUGCGAACAACGGGUGCUUUAGUCUUCGCUCGCGUCGCCUCAAAAACGUGAUUGUGGCGCAUGUGGGUCUUGCUUCUAUCUUGGAAACCACCUGCGCUGCCAAGGACUCGACGAACGACUCCAAGUUGGUGUUGCUCCAUUAUGUGGCAGGACUCUACCGGGCAAUGCACAAGAACCACGACUUGCGUACGUAUUGGGAGGCCGCGAUGGAUCGCUCAGGAACCGACGACGACCUGGACCAUACGUCGUCAACCCACCCGUUUACGCCAAAAACCCUCGAGUGGCUCGUACACCGACUGACUGAGGGCAAUCCAAACCCGCGAUUUCGUUCUACGUGGGCAUAUAUUGUCGCGCAUGUCCUGAAGCUGUAUGCGCCGGCCCCUCGACGCCAGAUCAGCGAUCUCAAAGUGUACACGACGAUCACGGCGUCGAUGGCGGUGUCAGUCAAGCGAUUGGUAUUCAACUUGUGCGACGCGGACUCAUCCGACGACGAGUUUGAGAUCAAGUCGCUGUUCGCCAAGGUGGAGAUGCUAGUGUUGUGGCUCAUCCCGUAUGUGUCGUCGUUGGCCGGCGACAUCGACCCUGUGCAAGACGUGCUCAAAGUGGUGACGGAACCGCUGCACGAUUUGAAAUACGUCGUCCAAAUGGCGCUGCAAGUAAUGCCCGACGACGUAUACGCCCCCGACCGGUUUGCUGCUGCAUUGUACGUCCUGCAAUUGGUGGCACAACUCGAAACGUGUUUUGAAUCCAAGCAAAUUCGGCGCGUGCACCACAUGUUGAGAGGUCAGCUGGAAAAGCCCCAUGCUCGCACAUGGCGUAACGCGGACGAGUCGAACGUGCCCGUCAGUCUCUCUCGCUUCUCAUCUGCAUUUGGAUUGCCCGAGUCGUUCGUCCAAUGGAUGAUGCCACUUCGAGACCAAGUCAACCUCCUCAUUCGGUCCGAGGUUCGAUUGCUGGCCGAGUAUUUUCAAGAUUGGUCGUCAAAUUCGUGGUUUAUCACAACGGCCAACAAACUCGAGUACAUUGAAGCGAUGGCAGACGAACGCCAUGGACGCUUCCAGCUGACCAUCAAUCGACAAGCGUCGACAUUGUGCUUUCUCGACUUUGUCAUUCAACAGGUGCUGUGCACGUCCAUGCGAAACUUGAAUGGCGAAAUGGAAAUCAAUUUCUUGAACGAGCCAGGCCUUGGCGUUGGGCCCUUGCGUGAGUUCUUUGAACUGGUCGCCCACCAUUUCUUCAACCCGCAAGUAUCGAUUCCGUCGGACGAGCGAGACCACCAUGGUUUGGCGUCGACGAGCUCCAAGUCCAUUUUCAGUCAGUGGUUGCACAUGGCGCGCCAAAACAUCUCUGCGACGAAGAUUCCAUCAACGCCGUCGCCAGCCAAGCAAGUCGCGUCGUCCCCUUUGAAGAAAAACCAUUCGUCCGCGCUGUGGCUCCCCAUUUUUUCGUUUGCCGACUCCAACCGCACGUCGUUGUGUUUUCAAUCCCAUCCGUUGCCCGUCGCGUGCGCCCCAAUCCUGGAACAAGACGGAGUGUACCACAUCCCGUUUGACCGAAUUGUGGAAAACGCCGACCUGGCCAAGGUGUAUCGUUGUGCGGGUCGGCUCAUGGGACUAGCGCUGCGACAUCAAGCGCCAUUGGGGGUUCGCCUCCCCAACGCGUUGUGGAAAUUUGUUCGAGGGGCGGACAAAUUGACAUGGCAAGAUUACACGGCCCAUAACCCACAAUUUCAAGCGGGGUUGGCGGCAAUUUUAAAUCACGACUUUGGACAUUCCACCGACGACAAUGACAGCGAGUGGGAACUGUACUUUGAAGCGUGCGGGGCCGUCGUCGUCGUCGUUGGAGAGAGCGAUGUCGAGACUGAAGUCCACUACCCAACGACAGAAAUCGAAUUGGUACCUGGGGGAAAAACCAUUCGAGUUACCAACGACAACAAGGCGGAGUACGUUCAAUUGCGAGCCGAGCGAUUCUUUUGCAACCAAAUGGCCAACUUGCAGGCAUUUCAAAAGGGGGUCCUAGAUGUGGUUUACAAGCGCGAUUUGCUGUGGUUGAGUGCUGAGGAACUCCAGUCUGUUGCCCUUGGAGAACUCGUCGUUGACGUUGCUGCGUUGCAAAAGCACAUCCACUACGCUCGUCCUGCUCACAGCCAACACCCCACCAUCGUGCACUUUUGGGCAGUCGUGCACGCCAUGGACCAAUCGACCCUGCGUCAACUGCUCACUUUCUGGUCGGGCUCGUCCCAGCCUCCAUUGUUUGGGUUCGACUUUACGGGGGGAAAUUCUUGGUCCAUUAAGUUGACCUCGCGCGACAACGUUGUACACUGGCCUUGCCCUCAAGCGAUCACGUGUGAACAUCAGCUGCUUCUGCCGGAGUACCCGAGCGAAGAAGUCUUGCGAGAGAAAUUCAUGGUGGCGUUGAAGUAUGGCUCGCUUGGCUUCGACCGAGUGUAGAACUCGCAAAAUAGCAUGGUAUGCUGUCGUUAAACAACUUACUCGACAGUGUCUGUCCGAGGAGGGAGC